GUAAAGUUUAAUCCAAGUCAGCAAAAAUACAUACGGCUGCUUUUGAAGGUGUAAGCAAAGUUAAUAUACAGACACUUGGAAGUCUUAUCUCGAUUGUAGAUACAAGAAAAGCUACAUUGCCUGAAGGAAAUCUACACCUUGGUACGCCUGAAGGGAGAUCGCCUUUUGACCCACGUCGCCACAGGGAACCUAGAAAACCUAUCAGGUUUGACCUGUAUCAUUUGAUUUUAUUGGAAUUUUAUUAUUCAUCUGGAUUUUAUCCCGCAUUGUUUCCCCUGAGGAAGAGUCCGAGCCCAAAAAUGGCCUAUUUUAACGUAGUGAGGACAUGCUUCGGGGCGGGAUCUCUGGGCCUCCCUUUAGCAGUCAGUCAAACAGGCAUCGUUCUUGGACCAAUACUAUGCAUAUUAAUAGGAGCAUUAAUCAUCCACACACAUAAAAUGCUGCUGGAAUGUCUUAAUGAAAUCAGUCGACAUUUGAGGAUACCACACAUAUCUUAUCGAUAUGGCUUUCGUAUUGCACUACUUCAUGGUCCGCCAGUUUUAAAGUGUGUUGGAGAAUAUGGACCUGCCAUCAUUGCAGUAUUUAUGGUAUUAAGCCAGCUUGGAAUCUGUUCAGUCUUCGUUAUUUUUACUGCUGAUAGCUUGAAAGAUAUAAUGGACUGGACGAGUAUAAACUACGCAUUAGCAGCUUUGUUUAUACCAUAUUUGUUACUGGAAUUUUCAAUGAAGAAUUUAAAUAUAGUCAGUUACGUUUCGAUGGCUGGAAACUUGAUGGCUAUGAUAGGCAUAAUUCUGGUAUUCUAUCACAUAUUCGCGGAUCCUCAUGGAGAAUACAUUGCGGUGAACUUCAGCCCUUUCUCAGUUUUGUUCUCGAUUGGAACAUUUUUCUUUAAUAUGUCCGCAGUGGGUGUGGUACUCUCUAUGGAUAAGAAUCUCAUUAAUCCAGACAUAAUGGUGUCCCGCUACGGAGCUAUUAAUGUGUCUGGGACAGUAGCCGUGUUGGUUUGUACGAUUUUCGGUGCUCUGGGCUACUGGUCUUUUGGUGUUAUGGAAGAAAACGUCCUUCGCUCUUUACCUUUUGAUGAUAACUCGGCUAUGGCUGCUAUAGGUUUAUACCUCAUUGCCAUUGCAUUUACCUACCCACUUCAGUGCUACCCUGGAGUACAGAUCAUGAUAGAGGUUUUAAGGAAUUAUGAAGAUAGACACCAAUUAAGUGACGCAAACUUUAAAGUCAUCGAAUAUAUUGCCAGACCCGUAUUCGUAUUGAUGACAUUUUUCAUCUCAUACUGUGUGCCGUUUCAAGGACCGUUUGUGGCAUUUGUUGGAAAUCUUUGCACUACACUUCUAUCAGUGGUGUUUCCAGCGGCAAUGGAGCUCUGCCUUAUGUAUCCGGAGAACUUCGGAAAAUACCAAUACUAUUUAGUGAAAAAUCUCAUCAUAAUAAUUCUGGGCGUAAUAUCCUGGGUAUUCGGAGUGGCCUUCAGCAUUUACAUCAUCUACGUCAGAGUACUAUCGUCAAGAACCGAAGAUGAAUUUACUUUUGUGUGAU